AUGGAGAAGCCAACCCUAACCACUGUUGAGCAACUUGGGGUUGACCAAUCCAUAACACAGGCUGCAAAGGAUGCUACCAUUAGUGAUGAGGUGCUUAACCAAGCUGCUCUGGAAGGGACCGCUGACGAACAUGAGCUUACUGUUCGCGGCGCCAUCGAGGCAUAUCCUCAUGCCAUAAUGUGGGCAUUAGUAUCUGCUACCUGCGUUAUCAUGGAAGGUUACGAUACAAACCUCUUGUCCAAUUUUUUCGCCUACCCCUCAUUCUUGAUCCGAUAUGGACGCUUUGUGGGAGUCACGGAUGAAACUCCAACAGGAUACCAGUUGACGCCCGCGUGGCAGGCUGGGCUGUCGCAAGGCAGCAACGUUGGUUCCAUCCUUGGCUGUCUCAUUAGCGGAUAUCUUGUUUCUAAAUACGGAUCUCGCAAAGUGCAACUUGGUGCCCUUAUCGCACUAACGGCAUUUAUUUUUGUCGUCUUUUUCGCUCCAAAUCUGACUACCCUAGUAGUUGGCGAGAUUCUGUGCGGCUUUCCUUGGGGCAUUCUCGCGACAACAGCUCCGGCAUACGCCUCCGAGGUGCUGCCGAUUGCUCUCCGCACCUACAUGACUUCAUAUACAAAUAUGUGCUUCAUUAUUGGACAGUUGAUUUCCGCCGGGGUCCUAAAGGGUCUCUCUUCACGAGAAGACGAAUGGGGGUACAAAAUCCCAUUUGCUUUGCAGUGGAUUUGGCCUGUCUUCCUCAUUCCGCUCAUCUACAUGUCUCCUGAGUCGCCAUGGUACUUGGUACGAAUGGGCAAGUUGAAAGAAGCCGAGGAAUCCUUACGUCGGCUCCAGUCUCCAAAGGCAACCCAUAUUGACCCUCGAAAGACGUUAUCAACCAUCAUUUACACCAAUAACCUUGAGCAACAGUUACAAGUCGGUACUAGCUACUUCGACUGUUUCAAGGGUUUUGAGCUCCGUCGCACUGAGAUUGCUUGCCUCGUGUUUGCAGGCCAAAUUCUCUGUGGAAUCUGUUUUGCCUACAACAGCAGUUAUUUUUUCUCCCAAAUAGGGUUGGGCACAAGCACUACUUACUCCCUUGCCCUUGGUGGCACCGGGCUUGCUCUGGUGGGAUGCUUUGUUAACUGGUUUGUUCUAAUGCCGAGAUUUGGAAGACGAACAAUUUAUGUCUGGGGCAUGGGCGCGAUGUGCUUGGUGCUCAUACUUAUUGGCAUUCUGAACGUGUGGACUCACCAACGAAGCGUCGCAAUGACUCAAGCCUGUCUCACAAUGGUAUGGACCUUCAUCUUCCAACUGUCGGCAGGGCAGCUUGGAUGGGCACUCCCAGCUGAGAUGGGCUCUACUCGACUACGUCAAAAGACCAUUUGCCUUGCUCGAGACGCGUCCAACAUCGCCGGCACGAUUGGAGGUACUCUUCAACAGUAUUUUAUGAACCCACAGGCCUGGAAUCUCAAGGGCUACACCGGCUUUGUCUGGGGUGGUACGUGUUUCUUCAUGUUCGUUUGGAGCUAUUUUCGUCUUCCAGAGACAUGGAAUAGGUCAUACCAUGAGUUAGAUGUCUUAUUUGCAAAGCGAAUUCCAGCUCGGAAGUUUGCGACAACUCUGGUCGACCCGUUUGACGAGCACGACAUUUCUAAAAUCACAGGAAAGAGUGGUAAUGAACGAGUUUAA